UCAUGCAUCCAUUGGACACCCCGGCAAAAACACAAACCACUUGUAAUCGAAUAAUACACACGAUACAUACACAGACUUCUGAUUCCCCCAUCCUCUACACUGACAAAGCUCCCUGUAACAAUAUCAUCCACAUUUUUAUCCUUUCAUGACCAUCCACUAACUCUUAUCAUCCCCUUCUCAUAAACCCUAACUUCUUCAUCUUCUUCAACUCCGCCAUGGCGAAGACUCUCAUCUCGUCUCCGUCUUUCACCUCCACGCCGCUUCGCCAUGGCUUUCGCGCUCUUCCUCCGCGGAGAUUCGUGUCUACUAGAGUCAAUUUUAGCUUGAAUGAGUUCCCUCCGAUUGAAUCGCUGCGUUCUGGUGUGGAUUUGAGCGCGAUUGUUAGUAGAACUGAGAGUUUGUUGUACACGUUGGCGGAUGCUGCGGUGGCGGUGAAUUCCGGUGAUGCUGCGGUAGUGUCGGGGGAUGCUGCGGUGCAGAAGAGUGGUGGUUGGUUCGGGUUUAUAUCGGAAGCUAUGGAAGUUGUCUUGAAGGUAUUGAAGGAUGGACUCACAGCUGUGCAUAUACCUUAUUCCUAUGGAUUUGCUAUUAUAUUGCUUACAGUUCUUGUCAAAGUAUUCACACUCCCUUUGACAAAGCAACAGGUGGAAUCAACAUUAGCUAUGCAAAACCUCCAACCAAAGAUUAAGGCAAUCCAGCAAAGAUAUGCAGGAAACCAGGAAAGAAUACAACUUGAGACAUCACGCCUAUAUAAACAGGCUGGGGUUAACCCUUUGGCAGGUUGUUUACCAACUUUGGCUACAAUACCAGUCUUUAUUGGACUAUAUCAAGCACUUUCUAAUGUGGCAAAUGAGGGAUUACUGACAGAAGGAUUCUUUUGGAUCCCCUCUUUGGGAGGCCCAACCUCAAUUGCAGCGCGGCAAAGCGGAUCAGGAGUUUCUUGGCUCUUUCCUUUUGUGGAUGGCCAUCCACCACUUGGUUGGCAUGAUACAGCAGCAUACCUAGUUUUACCUGUUCUCCUUGUUGCUUCUCAGUAUUUUUCAAUGGAGAUAAUGAAACCUCCCCAGUCUGAUGAUCCAUCUCAGAAGAACUCGCUCCUUGUUCUGAAGUUCCUUCCACUAAUGAUCGGUUACUUCUCUUUAUCAGUCCCAUCCGGAUUAUCAAUUUACUGGUUUACAAACAAUGUUCUUAGUACCGCUCAACAAAUAUGGUUACGGAAGUUAGGUGGUGCAAAGCCUGCUGUGAGUGAAGAUGCAAGCGGAAUCAUUAGUGCAGGACGUGCAAAACGAUCAUUUUCUCAGCCAUCAGAAUCUGGUGAUAGGUUUAGACAGUUAAAGAAAGAGGAGAAGAAGAAAAAAUCAAACAAGGCUCUGCCUGCAGAACUCGAGAUUUCAGCUUCUACAUCUGAUUCGGAAGAAGAAUCGAAUGAAGAAACAUCAAAGGAUAAGGAUGUUCUUGAAGAAGCAUAUGUUUCCGGCUCUAGCAAACCAGUUCCGAAUUAUUCUGGUCCAAGGAAGAGUAAGAGAUCUAAACGCAAGCGGGCUGUAUGAAAUUGUAUAUACCAUAAUUUUGUAGAUUCACUUUCUUGUAUAUUUAAACUCUGGGAUAUUAGUCAGUCAACACAUAGUGGCCUUUCCAAUGACUAAUUCCUUUACUUAGCCUUAUCAGAUAUCAGGUUAUAUCCACUUAUCCUUUCUUUUUGUC